CGAACGGGCCGGCCGAGCCCGCCCCUCGGCGCCAGGCUGCUCUGGGCAGCAGCCAGGACGGCAGCAGAGAAAGCUGUGGUGAAGACAUGACUUCCAAUGGCAGUAAUGCAGAGAGAGUGAACCCUGUGCUCAGAAUAAGUCAGCUGGAUGCUCUUGAACUAAACAAAGCCUUGGAGCAGCUAGUUUGGUCCCAGUUUUCCAGCUGUUUUCAUGGAUUUAAACCAGGGCUGUUGGCUCACAUUGAACCAGAAGUAAAAGCAUUUUUAUGGCUUUUCUUGUGGAGAUUCACCAUCUAUUCUAAGAAUGCAACUGUGGGACAGACUAUUCUGAAUAUUCAGUACAAGAAUGACUUAUCUCAAACACAGAAAUAUCAGCCAUUGAGCAAACACCAGAAGUUAUGGUAUCUUAUCUGCACUGUUGGCGGAAGGUGGUUGGAAGAAAGAUGCUAUGAUCUAUUCAGCAGUCGCCAACUAGAGUCAUUCUUCAGAACCAAGCAUUUCAUUAAUUUUGUAGCUGGACUUCUAAAACUUUGUGGACUACUGAACUUUCUGAUUUUCCUUCAGAAAGGAAAAUUUGCAACAUUUACCGAACGUAUUUUAGGAAUUAGAUCUGUCUUUUGUAGGCCUCAGAAUGUUCGUCAAAUAGGGUUUGAAUACAUGAACAGGGAACUUCUAUGGCAUGGCUUUGCUGAGUUUCUAAUCUAUCUUCUACCACUCAUUAACAUGCAAAAGCUCAAACUCAAAAUUUCAUCUUGGUCUUUGCCUAUUGCAGUUUUUUCCAAUAGUGAAAACACUUUAGCAGCACAUUGCAAGGAAUGUGCUGUAUGUGGGGAGUGGCCAACUAUGCCUCAUACCAUAGGCUGCUCACAUGUUUUCUGCUACUAUUGUAUUAAAAGCAACUGCCUAUUUGACAUGUAUUUUACCUGUCCUAAGUGUGGUACAGAGGUACACAAUCUUCAGCCAUUGAAAUACAAAAUUGAAAUGGCAGAAGUUCACACCCUCUAGAGUUUUUUGCAGUGCACUUGAAGCACAUACUUUAUUAUACAGUUUACUCUACUCUAUUCAGAACCCUAUUAAAUUGAUCAUUGUCCUCUUUGUUUACAGCAGUUUGAUCUUUCUCUGUCUUAGGUCUGUGAUAUAAUAAAGUCUGUAUUGAC